AGUCACUCCGACUGAGUCGAGUCUGAUGAAACUUGAAACGACCAACUCGGCGAUGGCUGGGAAGAGGGUUGAUAACACGCUCACAAUUUGAACAACAGAAAACACACAACCAACCACAAUACAAACCACUACAAAGCAAGCAAACAUGAUGCGACUCAGCAAUUUGAUUCUCUUAGCCUUGGCCACCCUUAUUCCCGCUUCAGAAGGAUUGGCAUUCGUGGCUAGCUUCAUGAGGGCUCCUACUGUGGGCCCUGUUGCCGCCCUCAAGCACUGGGGACGUCGAUCGCCCACAACAACGACACCAAUCCACCAGAGCCCUGUGGUGCUUGGUGUGGUCGGUGAUAACCCCAAUCAAGAGAUGGGUGCUGCUGCAGAGAAGAUGCCCAUCUAUGAGUUUGGAAAUGAAGACGAUUCUUCGGUUCGGGACAUGCGAAGUCAGAUGGUAGACUUGGUAUACCAAAGAUCAUUGGACCGCUUGAGUGGUUUUGACAAGCAGUAGAGCAACGGAAGAAUGAGAAACACUCAAUCAGGCCCUUUCUUUGUUGGCAACACAUACCAGCACAUGAUUCAUACAUAUGAGAUAGACUCAACCGGAUACCAUAGAAUACGAAGCAAAAUUAAAACAAAAUAGAAGCCAAAAGUAG